AUGGGAGAGAUUGUGUUUACAGAGAAGCAAGAAGCUUUGGUUAAGGAGUCUUGGGAGAUACUGAAGCAAGAUAUAUCCAAAUACAGCCUUCACUUCUUCUCACAGAUACUGGAGAUAGCACCAGCAGCAAAAGGCAUGUUCUCUUUCUUAAGAGACACAGAUGAAGUGCCUCACAACAAUCCUAAACUCAAAGCUCAUGCUGUUAAAGUCUUCAAGAUGACCUGUGAAACAGCAAUACAGCUGAGGGAGAAAGGAAAAGUGGUUGUUUCUGACACAACCCUCCAAUACUUGGGCUCUGUUCAUCUCAAAAGCGGUGUUGUUGAUCCUCACUUUGAGGUGGUGAAAGAGGCUCUGUUGAGGACUCUGAAAGAAGGUUUGGGGGAGAAAUACAAUGAAGAAGUGGAAGGAGCUUGGUCUCAAGCUUAUGAUCACUUGGCUUUAGCCAUUAAGAACGAGAUGAAACAAGAAGUCUCAGAAAAACCCUAA